AUGGCAAACCCUGUAAUUUGGGGUUUUUCUGCAGCGACCAACAUGCUUUUUACUCCUACGUGCCUAGUGUUUUUCUUAGGGGUUAUUGUUGGUUGGUUAUGGAAACCAGAUUGGGCUAGCACAGGGAAAGACAAAUUGGCUAAGUCUUUUGAUUUUGUUUCACCUUCUGGUUCUCCUGUGUUUUCCCCUUUGAAAUUCUAUUCUUCCUCUGUUAAUUCUUCUAUUACAAUGCAAACUCCCAACCCUGAUUCUUUGGGUAUUAAUAAACACGUCAAUAUAAAGGUUUCAUCUUCCUCAACCCCCACCCAAUAUGAUACUUCCUCCAGUACACCGAGUUCCAGUGAAGAUACUUCAAAUGGUGUUACGAUUGAUGAUUUGCAUCAUUUAUACAAGCUUGUGGAGGAGAAAGAUGGAGGGCUCCCUUGGAUACAUAUGAUGGAUCGGUCUACUCCGACUUUGAGUUACCAGGCGUGGCGUAGAGAACCAAAGGAUGGGCCUCCCCAAUAUCGAAGCAGUACUAUUUUUGAAGAUGCUACUCCUGAGAUUGUGAGGGAUUUAUUCUGGGAUGAUCAAUUCCGGCCUAAGUGGGAUGAUAUGCUUAUUAACUCGACAACCUUAGAAGAGUGCCCUACUACUGGAACAAUGAAAGUGCAUUGGGUUCGAAAGUUCCCCUUCUUCUGUAACGACAGAGACUAUGUUAUCGGACGAAGAAUAUGGGAAUGUGGGAGGUCCUACUAUUGUGUUACAAAGGGAGUAGAUUGUCCUUCAAUCCCAAGACAAGACAAACCCAGACGCGUUGACGUGUAUUACUCUAGCUGGUGCAUUCGAGCAGUUGAAUCAAAAAGAGGUAAUGGCCAAUUGACUGCAUGUGAAGUUUUACUCUUCCAUCACGAAGAAAUGGGAAUUCCAUGGGAACUUGCAAAGCUUGGAGUAAGAAAAGGUAUGUGGGGAACAGUACAGAAGAUUGAGCCUGGCUUGCGCGCUUAUCAAGAAGCAAAAGCUUCUGGAGCUCCACUCUCUCGGUCCGCUUUUAUGGCCAGUGUCAACACAAAAAUAAGUCCCGAGUACUUGCAAUCCAUUGGAUCCUCGGAUGAUAUAUCACAAAUCGAAAGUGCAAUCACUUCUGACAAACCAAAGGGCGUGAAUGUACCGAAGAUGCUAGUCAUUGGCGGUGCUGUUGCUCUUGCUUGUAGUCUUGACAAGGGGUUGUUGACCAAGUAUCUUUUAUUUGGUGUCGCUAGAAGAUUUGCUAAUAUGGGUAAAAGAUAG